UUACUUCCGAGAAGUAACAAGCGACCAAUCACCAUGUUCAAGUUGGCUGUCUUCGCUGCCGUCCUGGCUAUCGCCUUCGCCGCUCCCGGUGGUCCCACCGGCGUCGUCACGUCUGUCAGCCACGGUGCGGUCAUCGCUCCGGUCCAUGCUGUCGCAGUCGCUCCGGUGGCCCAUGUGGUGCACGCUGCUCCCGUAGUGCACGCUGCCCCCGUUGUCACCAAGACCUUCGUGGCUGGUCAUGGAUGGAACGGCGGAUGGAACGGCGGAUGGAAGGCCGGUGGCUGGAACGGUGGCUGGGCCGGUGGAUACCACGGUUAGAUUAGGAGAAACAGUGUGAUCUCACAACCUACCACUACCACCAAGUCACGACGACACCGCCCCGGGAAAAAAAAAAAGAAGCAAUCAAAGAAGACACCAACACCACCACAACCCCACCCCCGUAAUUGGCUCUCUCUUUCUCUCUUGGCGUGAAGGAAAGACCUGGUAACUUCGUGGGAAGCAAGCAAAAAUUCAGUCCAACCCUUCCCGCGACAUCGUUACCGCCGAUUUCUCGAUCUCACCUGCCUCAUCUUAUCAGCCAUGCGCGCAGGAGCGAAUCAGACCUAUUGGAAUGCGUGAUGCGUGCGCGUGAAGCGACACCAGCGCGCUUCUUCGCGGGAUCGGCCGAUUUCUUUCUCAACAUUCGUCUUUUCUUUGUGCUCUUCAUCGAACGAAAUUCUCGCCCCGAUCAUCCCGCCAUCAUCCCAACCCUCGUCCACGCGGAAUUUUAAUAAAAUUUUAGUUAAAACCAA